GUCCUGCUAUCCGAACCAAUCCAGUUCGAAGUCAUCGUCGUGGUCAGUUCCUGAAUGUGUGGUCGUGGUGAUUGUUUCUAGUUUUCGUGUACUGGUUCUGUAUUCCCUUUGAAGUGGUGCACAUAAGGAAAGACAUUUCGAUAAAUUGCUGUUGUAGACAGAAAGGGCGCGAGAGAUCAUGUAUUCACAAGCCACUCCUCAAGCACCGAAGGCUGAUGUCGGCUACCUCCAGGGUCUCUUCAGAAAUGUCGACAAAGAUCGAAGCGGAAACAUAAGCGCAACGGAGCUCCAGAGUGCCCUGUCAAAUGGAACUUGGAAGCCAUUUAACCCAGAAACGGUGCGAAUGAUGAUAGACAUGUUUCGUUCACCAGGCAUGUUUGACCGCAGCCGAACAGGCACUGUCAACUUCGACGAAUUCGUCUCUCUCUGGAAUUACAUCACCAACUGGCUCAACUGCUUCCAGAGCUUUGACAAAGACCGUUCUGGUGCCAUAGAUAAGGGCGAACUCACUGAGGCUCUCACCAAGUUUGGCUAUCGCCUCAGUGAGCCAACCAUGAGUAUGCUGCUUGUCAAGUUUGACAGGGAUGGAAAAGGCUCUAUAAACUUUGAUGACUUCAUCCAGUGCUGUGUGACAUUACAGACUUUGACAGCAGCCUUCCGGCAUUACGACACUGACCAAGAUGGGUGGAUCACCAUUGGCUAUGAAGAUUUCCUCAAGCUUGUAUUUAGCCUGCGGAUGUGACGAUUUACUGCAUUCUGUUAACAUGCUAAUAGACUGCUGCAUUCAUUCCACCUCUUCUUUUAUGGACACCAGUUCUUUGAUGUGAUUUGUCUACAUGCUAUACUGGCAUUUGUACGAGAUGGUUGGGUUGUGAUUCAUUUCAAAAAGGUUAUAUGGAUGUUUGCUUAUCAUUACUAAAACAGGUUGCUGGCUGAAUUUUCGCAGUUUCCAACCAACAAUAAAUUUGUCCGAGUGCUUUUACUGUUGAUCUGUUAUGUAAGCAAGAAUAUGUGCUCUAUUUAUUACAGUUCUCUUGCACUGGAGCACGAUUGACAUCGCAGCUGCGAGUGUGCUGUCGGUUUACAAGUAGCAGAUAAAGCAACAUUUUUUUAUGUGCAGUACUAAUUGUAAAUGCUCAGUAAAGAGAAAGAAACAGUUAAAGAACAUGUAUUAAGGAGGUUACUGCAUGCAUUAAAUUAUGCAAAUACCACUGUGACAGACAUUAAUCAUUUUUAGGUUAUACUAAAAAUGGAGAAAAAUAGUCGUCACCCUGUUGGAGAAGCCCAUUUUUUCGAUACGUAAAAACUGCUGGGCAUCCAAAUGUCUGUAUGGUUGAAUGCAUAUGUGCGCUACUCAGAAAAUUGCACUGCUGCUGUCAUUACGCUCAACCUUGCUUUUGUAGCUGCAGCUGCUAUGCAUGUACAGAUGAUUGUACCUUAGUGCUGAAAAUGUUUGUGCUAUUUCUUCAAAGAUAAAUGUUACUAAUGUGAAUGCUGUGCACAAUACUGCAUCUGAGAAACAUAAGCGAGAAGGGAAGAUGCACAAUAUUUUAAGGGAGUAUUAAAUAAAGCAUGUUAUUGAUAUUUUAUGGAACUUGUGAUAAAUUCCACACUUAAGAAAAUAAACAUGCGCUAGCAAACAUGUGUUCAUA